AUGGAUACCUACGUCCCCAAAUCGGUCCUCAAGGACAGCCAUAUUACUGCUGACAGCCAACAAUCACAGCAGCAGCAAGUCCAGACUCCGGCCAUUGUUGUCUCCAUUGCAGCAGCCACAGGACCAUCGACCGCCACAACGACAAUUGACGAUGGCUCCUACCAAAAAGCGACCCUUCCUUAUCCUCAAUCAUCGGCAUCAACGAAGAACAAGAAUACCUUGAGCAGCAAGCUCCUCCUAGGCGCCAAAGGAAACCGCUACUCCAACAACAACAACGCCGAGGAAGAUGAAGAGGUUGAGAGGCGCAAUUCGGAGGAUGAGGCAGACGAGUAUGAAUACCAGGAAUACAAACGGGCUCGGAAAUUCAAGAAGCAGCAGAAGCAAGAAGUCAAGGAGUUGAAGGCGGCGGAGAAGCAGAGGGAGAAGCAGAAGAAAAAUGAUCGGAAACGGGCGUUGAAGAAGGCCAAGGCUGGAGGGAGACGGGUGUCGGUUUCGGUUUCGGAUAGUAGGAGGGGGUCACAGUCAUUAGGGUCGUAUAGCCACGUCGCGUCAGGAGGGCGUUUAGGGCUGGGGAUUGUUGGGGCAGGAUGA